UAUCACCAUUCUUUUAACCUAUCUAUCUAUCCCUCUUUGCCUCAAAGUUUUCCUCUUUAUUCCUACAAUCGCCUUCGUCGCCUUCCUUUCCCGAGAUUCUCAAACCUCCCCUUCUGACUCUCUCUCUCUCUCUCUCUCUCUCUCUCUCUCUCUCUCUCUAACCCCGAGAAAUCUCUCACUUCGAUCGGAUCUCCUUAAACCCACCUGAGGAAACCCCCCAAAUCCCAUCAUCACCAUCAUCAUCAUCCAUGACGCUUGGCUCAGGAGGAUCGAGUGUCGUGGUCCCUCGGAACUUUAGACUGCUGGAGGAACUGGAACGGGGAGAAAAAGGCAUUGGAGAUGGCACUGUCAGCUAUGGAAUGGAUGACGGAGAUGACAUUUACAUGCGCUCAUGGACUGGCACCAUAAUUGGUCCUCACAAUACUGUGCAUGAAGGUCGAAUUUAUCAGCUGAAGCUGUUCUGUGAUAAGGACUACCCUGAGAAGCCACCAAGUGUUCGUUUUCAUUCACGUAUCAACAUGACCUGUGUCAACCAUGAAUCUGGGAUGGUGGAGCCCAAGAAGUUCGGACUUCUUGCGAAUUGGCAGCGCGAGUACACCAUGGAAGACAUACUGACACAGCUGAAGAAGGAGAUGGCUGCCCCGCAUAACCGGAAGUUGGUUCAGCCUCCAGAAGGUACCUACUUUUAGCUUUCAAGAAGAUCUUACACAAUAUCAUGGAUCAUCUUGCAUUUGCAAUAUGCAAUAUAUAGUCUGUAAUGCUGUGACAAUCCUGUUUAGAACAUACAGGGGAAUGCCCCCCAAAAGCUUCUUCUUCUACCACCUCUGCAUGGCUUCCUUGUUGCUUUGUACUCCUCUUUUGUCGAUUUACAUUUCAGGGAUGCUGUUUAAUUAAUGGGAUUUUAUGUGUGUCAAAUAUUAAAACCUGUUAACUAGUAUCCAUUCUAGCUUUAUCAGUGUACUAAAAUCACUUGCCUUUCUUUUGCCCCA